GUUGUUUAAUUGAGCCACGCCCAAUAUCAGCUACGGUACCUGCACGUCCACAGCGUGGCGUACUCGAAUUACCAGUCAGGCAAAUGUAAACAAACGCCGUGUCUAUUUUCUGAAUGCAUUUCACGUCUGUUGGCUUCGAUAAUGGUUUUACAACAUGCAGGUCUGUCGUUUUAACAAGCCCGUUCUGGUGUUCUUCUCUGUCAUAUUGUUAAUUUUUCUCUUCGUAACGUACAGUAUCACUCAAAAAGACAACCUCGGGGAUUUCGACGGCAAGAAAUGGAGGGAACAAAGUGUACUUCUAGACACGCAAACAUCAAUUGGUAAUCCGCAUGGGGCUAGAUCGCUCAAAGAAACAGAUAAGUCUGUCAAGGUUUCAUCGACGACAUGCGCUCCGGGGAAAACUGCCAUCGACGUUGCAGCUGUGGUUUGCGGAGACCGUUCGAAGGAAAUAAUGAACAUGGUGAAGUCUGUUCUGAUUUUUACCAAUCAUCAAGUACACUUCCACAUCGUCUCGGAGCGGGAUUUGCAGGAGGGAAUAAAGAGAUCAUUUGACAAGUUUCCUUCCAAUGUGAAGGAACAUUUUGGUUUUACAUUGUAUAAUUUAUCAUACCCUCCUGGGGAGAAUAUUGCAACCUGGAAAAAUCUCUUCAAAACUUGUGCUUCGCAGAGACUGUUUCUAAUGGACUUCAUAAAAAGAGACAAAGUUCUAUAUUUGGACACGGAUACGUUGCUUUUAAGUCCGGUAGAAAAAAUUUGGCAUCAUUUCAGCAAGUUUAACAAGACACAGCUAGCCGCGAUGACGAGGGAAGGCGAACUUGCAUCGUUGAACUGGUAUCAUAGGUUUGCAAGACAUCCAUUUUACGGCAAACUGGGUCUUAAUUCUGGCGUGAUGCUGAUGGACCUACGGAAACUUCGAGAUUUGAAAUUUACACAGAAUAUAAUUGAAAUAUACAGAGAGCAUAAAUAUAAUAUAGUGUGGGGAGAUCAGGACUUGUUGAAUAUCUACUUUAAUAAACACCCAGAUCGAGUGUACCUUUACCCAUGUGAAUGGAACUACAGACCCGACCAUUGCAUGUACCAAAACAAUUGUCAGUCAGUGUUGCGUAAUGGCGUGUACGUUCUCCAUGGUAACAGAGGUGUGUUUCAUAACGACAAGCAAAAGGCUUUUAGGACAGUUUACGAUGCCAUAAAAAAGUACAAGUUCGGUGGAAACGUGGAGACGGAUAUAGUUGCAAAAAUACUAAACAUGGAAAGUCUGAACUCUGACCGUUACUGCAAACUUAUGGCAAAAAGUUUUGUGAAAAAUAUGCUACAGCCUAAUGGAUAAAGCCUUCCGAUAAUCUCGAUUAUCGAUCACGUUACAUCAGAUAAUCUUUGUUGAAGAUAUCCCCUUUGAUCAAACCUUUGUUGCUUUGUGGAGAUAGUUAAAAACGGGAAAAAAAUGGCGGCAAGGAAAAGCGAUUUUGUGCGACUCUUCUAAAUGUUUUCAGCGCAAUGAAAUUAUGCAUGAUGCAGCAUAGCGCUAAAAUAUCCAGAUUUUAUAAGAGGUUUAUUUAUUUGGAAUUAGCUAAAAUACACUUUAUUUAUUAUUAAAAUAUUUGUAAAGUAUUUUAAUUAAAUGGACGCGAGCUGUAA